AUGUCGGAAUCCAAGAGUACGACGCAAUCUAUGUAUGGCGCAAAAACAAUCAUAUUUCGUGUUUUCACGGUUCUCGUUUAUAUUGCCUUUGGAAGUGCAAUAUUCCACCUUUUAGAAAAAGAUGAAGCCGCGAGUGAGGUGGCGAAGUUUGAAGAAAACUACAACAAAACGAUGACAAGCAUUUUACGUCGUUUUAUCCUGAACGAAACUGAUAUGAAAAUCAUAAUGACGGAGAUUCGGGAAACAUUCCUGCAAGAAGUAUUUCCAAAAGAGUGGGAUAUCACUGGAGGAGUAAAUAUUACAAUUCAAGCCAUUACUACAAUAGGUCAGUGCACUGUUACUUAAACACGCUGAGGGCAGGUUCCAGCUAUGAAGGCUUUAUUCCUCCUGACCGGGAUGGAUAUGUUUUGCCGAUUUUGAUCAAUGGUAUUGAACGGCAUAGUUUGAAAAGACCUAAACAAACACUAGGCCAAAAAAAAUAUGUGGGUUUCCUAUUUCUUCUUGUAAGAACUUAGGUAGGGUACGUCGGUUCUAAUUUUCCUAACAACCGGACGCCAUUUUGUUUAGUCGGUGCUUCCACAUUCAAAGAUAAAUUUCCUUAAUAUUGCCUCAAAUUUCAAUUUUUCACAAACGUUUUCCUCUAAGUGGAAACACUUACAAGCAUGAUCCAAUAAAAAAGUUUAGGGUCGGGAUUUCGGCGUCCAAAAGCUAGGUAGGGUCGGGAAACCGGAAACCCACAUUUUUUUCCCUAUUAAUUAAAGUCGUAAUACAAGGUGGAGUUUGUUUAAUUACAACAAAAAUUAUGUCGAAGACGCCAUGUUCACAUAAUGUCGUCCCACCCGAGCUGAUUUCAUCUCGUGUUUGCAUGAGACUUUUGAGGUGGGCUGGCUCGCCAAAAAAAACACUAGUGGUUUCACCGCUAAAAAUAGUAUAAUAUAAAUAUAUUUUCUCACGAACUUAAAAUUCGCACUUUCGCGAGCAACUUUCACGGUUAUAAUCGUUCACAGAGAAAAUUUUAUUUACAAACAAUAUAUUCGCGUGAACAGAGCAAUAACACUCAGCACGCUUAGGCAAGCCAGCCCGGGUCAUUGCGUUUAUUUCGGAAAUUCCUAGCGCGGUCACCCGAGAUCUCGGGUCAGUCGAGGGUCCCUAUUAACCUACCCCUACAUGUAUAUGUCCCAUAGAAAGUGAUCCCCCAAAAUGGUUGCAUCCGGGCUGGCUCACUCCAUAUAAACAACGCCUGAUUAUCGAAUCCUUGUUUCUUUCGCACAGGUUAUGGAGACAUUGCGCCACGGACAGUCGCAGGUCGAAUGUUUCUCAUAAUUUAUGCUACAAUAGGGAUCCCACUUAUGGCGAUGAUGUUAACGACAUUUGGAGAAAAACUCAAGCACAUGAUCAGAUCAUCUAUAAUAUGUUUCGAAAGAAAAAUUCUCAAGAGAAGUCGACCUCGAGAUAUCCAAAGGAAGUCAGUGAUUGCAGUGUUUGUUAUAACCGCAGUUUUGCUCUGCUUCAUUUCUGCUAUCGGUACAAUGAUUGAAAAUUGGGACUUUUCCGUGGCAUUGUAUGUUUGGUUUGUGACUAUGACAACCAUCGGUUUCGGAGACUAUGUGCCCCAAGGUAGAGGGACGUCAAAUCCAAUACUUGCAGCAUUAGAGUUUCUCUAUGCAGUGAUCACGUUUUUCCUAAGCCUGACAUUAAUGGCGUGUAUACUUCAUGCGUUAUCUGAUUGGCUGAACAGUACGAAACCGCCAAGCAAGAAUGAUCUCAAACAAUCUCUGAGUCGUAUCGCGAACUCGCUUUCGACGCGUAGAGAAGAACAACCUUCAAUAAUCAUGGCAUUGCCUCGUCCAUUGCCACCCCAAGCAUUGCCUCGCACUAUGUAA